GAGUCUAUAUUCUAACUCCCAUGUUGGUUUUAUUCAGUGAUACGGAUUCAGAUAGUUCAUCAACUACAUCCUCCUCUUCGUGUUCUCCUUCAGUGGUGUCUGAUGAAGAUGAUCGUCCAAAUGAGAAGGAUAACAGAUCUUACUGUGUUAAAACAAAAGAUGAAUUGCCUAUUGAUGAACUGCCUCCUGUUGAAGACUUAUCAGUGAUUCUGCCUGAUGAGGUUGAAUUAAAGCUCUUUGGGACAGUGUCCAGCAUUAUUGAGCAGCUGGUAAUAAUUGAAUCACUGAGAGGCCUACCUCCAGUAAAUGAGGAAAGCAUAAUUUUUAAAGAAGAUCGGCAAGCAGUGGGAAAGAUAUUUGAGAUAUUUGGUCCUGUUUUACAUCCCUUUUAUGUGUUGAGAUUUAACAGCUCUGAGCAUAUCAAAGCAAAAGGUAUUAAUGUGCAAGAUAGCAUGUAUUUUGCUCCAUCAGUGGAGGACUUCACCAAGUAUAUAUUUGCAGAGAAACUGAAACAGGAAAAAGGUUCGGAUGCAUCUUGGAUGAAUGACCAAGAACCACCACCUGAAGCCUUGGAUUUCAGUGAUGAUGAAAAAGAAAGGGAGGCAAAACAGAAGAAAAAGAAGCCUCAAAGUGAAGGAAGGAAGAAACUGAAAUCAGAAACAAAUGCAGCAAGUGAGAAUAAAGGACUUCAUCAGUCAGUGCAACAGCCUGGUUCAAGCUAUUCAAGGGGAUACUGUGGCAGGGGUUUCUCCAGGGAUCCAUUUCCUUCUCCAUCAGGCCCUCCAGGUUUUUUGAGACCACAAGUAAGACCGCCACAGCUAUACUCUUCGGACAACAGAAUACAUCAGGAAUCUCCAGUGUUUCCACAGCCUCAUAGAAAAGAAAAUUCAAUGAUGCAACAGUAUCCCUUUCCUCCUCCAGUUUUUGGUUCUGUUAAUGACAUGCAUCAGUUCAACCUUCUGCCUUCUAAUCUGAAUAUGAUUUGGACAGGCCCGAACAUGUACAGCUCAGCAUACCCAUUUUUACCUCCGCCACCGCCGCCUCCACCUCCUCCAGAUAGCCAUCCUUCUCAGUUUAGGCCUUACUAG